AUGCAGCCAUCGGUAAAGAGGCUCGCGAAGUCCGUUGGGACAAGGCCACUGAGAUUGCAGGAGGCCAGUGCGUCGCUGUUGCCUCCAAUUGUGCUGUACCGACGCCUUUUGAGGGCUCAUCGUCCUUUACCAGAGGGUAUGCGUUCUUUGGGAGAUGCCUAUGUGAAAGCUGAAUUUCGCCGCCAUCGAGAGGUGACAAACCCCUUGCAUAUUAUUGGCUUCUUGUCUCAGUGGAAGGCGUACUUGGAUAAGUUGCCUGGAAAAUCUGAGCCGGAGAAUUUUACUGGGCAGAAGUUAGACCCUCAGUUGAUAGAGAAAAUGUCUGGGGAGCAGCUGGGACAACUUUAUGAACUGAAAAAUGCUACAAAGGACGUGUGGAAGCCUGUUGAUGAUCAGGGAUCUAAGGAUCCAAAAGAACAGUAA